AUGCCGCCAACCUUCGAACUAGUCGUUUGUAUAACAGCUGCGGCACUUUUCGAUUGUACCGAGAUACUCGAAAUUUUGAAUCGUGAUGGAUUGGAAGCAUGUAAAGAACAUCAACGUGCUAAUCUUAUGGUGCCUCUUCAAACUGGUGCCGGUUAUCCUCUUGUUCGAUCACUCUUAGCAUUGAAUGAAGCCACUGAAAAACAACUGGUAGAAGUUGUACUCGUUUCGCGUACAGAUAGUGAUUCUGGAGAACGAAUACGACAAUCUAUCCAUCAUUACGAACUACCUAUUACACGUAUGUCAUUUACUGGUGGUACAGAUGUUACAAAAUACUUAUUGGCUUGGAAGUGUGAUCUUUUUCUGACUGCAGAUGAAGAUCAAGUGCGUACAGUAUUGUCUGGUACUAGUUCUAAAGCAUUUACAGGCAUUGCAGCUGCGUUAGUGUGCAAUAUAGUACGCACGACACCAAAUGUUUCUUCCAAUUCAAUAUCGAUACCUGAAUCUGCUCAUUGUCAAAAAUCGGAUUCGAAACUUGAUAUGACAGAAUUGCCUUCUGAAGUAAAUACAUCAACUGAAUCUGUUCCAUCUACUCCAUUACCUUACUUAUCAUGGCCAGAAGGUCAAGUUCGUAUUGCUUUCGAUGGAGAUGGUGUACUUUUUUCAGAUCAAGCAGAACGUGCCUUCAAAAUAGGAGGACUUGAAGGAUUUUUCGAAUUCGAACGUAAACAUGGACACAUUGCUUUACCAAAGGGCCCUUUGCAAGCAUUUGCUGUCAAAUUACAUAAACUUCGUCAAUCACUAGGAGAGGAUCAUAAAUGGAGAAUACGUACAUUUUUGGUUACUGCUCGUAAUGAUUUAGGUAACAUACGAGUAUUUCAUACUCUAAAAGAAUGGGGUAUCGAAAUUGAUGAGACACAUUUUUUGGGUGGAAUAGAUAAAACACCAUUUUUACAAGCAAUCAAUCCUGCAAUUUUCUUCGAUGAUUCAAGAACCAAUAUUGAUCGAGCUAAAAUUUAUGUUCCAUCAGCACAAGUUAUCUAUGGUAUUAACAAUACGCGUCAUAGCAAGCAAACAAGAUCAAUAUCUAUUGAAAGGAAAGACGUGCAAAAUGAACAUUCCACGUAA